CACCUUCCAUUCUAUAGUAGCCUCGUAAAAUCGCCGUGGACUGAAUGAUUUAAUAUCGCAUCCAUCCAGUUUGCCCAGAGACACGGCACAAUUGUUCUAGCUUUAUUUAACGGGGACAUCGGCGUUUCGAGUGGAUUUGUUGUCGGUAGAUGAGUAAUUUGCGGUAAGCUGGACAGAGUUUCGAUGAAGAGUGCGCGAGAGCUGCGCGCGCUCAGCAGCAGCAGCAUCAUCAGCACCAACCUCGAGCUCAAAUCCAGCACAGCUCGCAUCUCACAGCAUCCUCUCCUCGCAUACAAACAGGAAAAAAAAGACAUUUGCAAAAAGUUUGAGGAUCGACUUAACGCUUGAGGAGUCAUUGUUUGGGGAAUGAUGUGGGGCGGAAGAGGAGCAGCCUGGCUGUGGAUUUGGACCUGUUUACUGGUCGUUAAUGUUCUGACUGGAAUAAGCUCCAGUCAGAAAGCAGAUGAGCAGAAAGACAACACAACAGUUUUCACCAGGAUUCUGGACAGUCUCCUUGAUGGCUACGACAACCGUCUGAGGCCUGGGCUUGGAGAGCGUGUAACUGAAGUCAAGACUGACAUUUUUGUGACGAGUAUUGGACCGGUCUCGGACCAUGACAUGGAGUACACCAUAGACGUGUUCUUCAGACAGAGUUGGAAAGAUGAGAGGUUGAAGUUCAAAGGUCCCAUGGCUGUGCUUCGCCUCAACAACCUGAUGGCCAGCAAAAUCUGGACCCCUGACACGUUCUUCCACAACGGCAAAAAAUCAGUCGCCCAUAAUAUGACCAUGCCCAAUAAACUGCUGCGGAUCACAGAGGAGGGAACUCUACUCUACACCAUGAGGCUUACGGUCAGAGCUGAAUGUCCCAUGCACUUAGAGGACUUCCCAAUGGACGCUCAUGCUUGCCCUCUCAAAUUCGGCAGCUAUGCGUACACAAGGGCUGAAGUGGUGUAUGUUUGGACACGAGGGGCAGCACAGUCAGUGGUCGUGGCAGACGAUGGGUCUCGUCUCAACCAGUAUGAUCUAAUGGGACAGACUGUGGACUCGGGUGUGGUGCAGUCCAGCACAGGAGAAUAUGUUGUAAUGAAAACACACUUCCACCUCAAGAGGAAGAUCGGUUACUUUGUCAUCCAGACAUAUUUGCCAUGUAUCAUGACGGUUAUCCUGUCCCAGGUGUCCUUCUGGCUCAACAGAGAAUCUGUCCCUGCCAGAACUGUGUUUGGAGUGACCACCGUUCUGACGAUGACCACCCUGAGUAUCAGCGCCAGAAACUCUCUCCCCAAGGUGGCCUAUGCCACAGCUAUGGACUGGUUCAUUGCUGUCUGCUACGCCUUCGUCUUUUCCGCUCUCAUUGAGUUUGCCACUGUGAACUACUUCACAAAGAGGGGUUAUGCCUGGGAUGGGAAAAGUGUGGUGCCAGAAAAGCAAAAGAAGAAGAAGGAGUCUUUACUGAAAAAGAACAACACCUACACUGCUGCAACAGCAACAACUUUUGCUCCAAACAUUGCCAGAGACCCUGGUUUGGCAACUAUUGCUAAAAGUGCCCCUCCUCCCCCAACCGAGCCCAAGGAAGAGCCCAAACCCAAGCCGCCCGAGGCAAAGAAAACCUUCAACAGCGUGAGCAAGAUUGAUCGGAUUGCCAGAAUAGCCUUCCCGCUCCUCUUCGGGACCUUUAACUUGGUGUACUGGGCGACUUACUUGAAUAAGAAACCCAAACUACAGGGCACCCAACAACCCCACUAAUUAUAUCUCCUUUUACAUUAUUUUAUCAUUAGUUUUUCUUAUAUUUCUUUACAACAAAAAAACAACAAAAAAGUGAAAACAAACUAUUUGUCUCGAAUUUGUUUCAAAGAUAGUCAAGUUCUCACUUUCAAGUUUGUGUCAACAUAUGUAACAUAUCUUCCUAUAUGAAAAAGAGAUGGUCUGCAUUAUGUACAAAACACUGCAUUGAAAGGGAACUCUAUAUACACACAGACACAGUGGGGUGAAUUCACUAAACAGUUGCACAACUUUUCCGCUCAGUAUUUCAGUGCAAAAACCUGCGUCUUUUUCACUAACCACAGCAAUCCAGUAUAACCAGGCACUACAUUUUCAGUAUUUAAGUCACUGUCGUUCUUUUCAGUGUAAACACGUCUUCUUUCUAUGUAAAUAAGGCUUAUUAUUAAUAUUAACAAUUUAUUCAUAAAAAAAUCAGUGCCGUUGCACUAUUACCACUCACUGAAAGCAAGAUGUAAAUGGUAUUUUAUUUUAUUUGUUUGUGCACCAAUUUUGUAACACUUUACAUUUAAGGAAUAUUUUGGGUUCAAUACAAGUUAAGCUCUAGUGAAUGGGGCCAAUUUUUGGAGGUAGAAAUGUUAAAGGUGCAAUUAGUCAAUUUUUCCCCAUCAAAAAAGUUGUACUCCUAAAGAAAUGAAGAGCAAUUUAGAAGCGUAUGCAUAAAAUCAUGAACACACAUGAAAUGAGAACUCCAGACAUAUCGGUAACCUCAUAAAAGCUGUUUUAUUCUACAUGGGGCGAGGGCGCCCUCAUGGGUGCAGCCAUUUUAGAAUCACAUGACCAGCUGAAUACUACUCACUAAAUCUCAGUAACCAUAUUGUUAUUGGACACUUUCAAUCUUGGAUUAAAUUAAUCAUGGCUGAUUGUGAAUAGUGAACUUCUACAAUGGCAUAUGUAACUGAAAACCAUUGAUUUUGAAUGAUGCUGUAUCCACACCACUAGGUGUCACUGUAAGUCCAAUAUAAUUCAAACAAAAUGUUUCUGAGUAUGCCUUUACGCUUGUAAAAACACUUCAAUUAGUUCUUCUGUUAAAAAUUGUGUGUUAUCUGAAUUGUAAAUAUUUGAGCUGUAAAGUUUAAAUCAUCAUUUACUGUCAUUUUGGGGUUUAAAGUUUUAUUAGAGUUAUGUCAUUAUUGCAACAAACUGUAAAAAUGUAACAUAACUUCACAUAGUAAAAGUAGUAAGCGAUUUUGACCCACUAAAAAUUUGUUAAUGAUUUCCAUCUUGUGGCAAUACUUUGAAAUCAUUGACUAUUUAGUGUAUUCAGGUUAGCCACAUUCACCAUUGUAAGUACCUCACCAUAACCCAUAUUCUUGCUUUUUGUAAAGAAAAGGAGGAACAAGCCGAAUUAUUUUAUUUUUUUGGUGGUAAUCAACAUUAUACCACGAAUGUGAUUAAUUGAGCUGAACAUGUAAUGAACCUGGAAUAUUCCUUUCCUAGAAUGUAACCUUUAUUAAGUUUAAUGAAGGGGUUCAUUAAUGAUGCAAAGUGCAGACCAGCACACUUCUGGCAUUUUAAAGAGUUGACAGUGGUGGAGUGAUGCUGUAUAGUCCCAGUAAAUUAUGGCAGAUUGCGGUAGUCUGCUGCAUUCUACACAAUCUAGCACUCAGAACAGUUGCAGCUGCUCAGAUGGGCAGCUGCAAUGUGCAAAUUGAGUUUAGCACAGAUUUUUCAGACUAAAACAUCAUUGACAACUUAACAGCGCUAUCAGUUCAUUCUUAGUGAAUUUUCCCAGCUGAAUCAUAUUCGAGAAACUGCUAUUCUGCAAACGCACAUAGUAAAAUGUUUUGCAUUACAUUAGCAUUGUACAUGGAAUAAGGUUGCAUGGAUGAAGCUUUUCUAUUUCAGCUUGAUUUGGACCUACCUACAACCAAGGUCAUGUUUCUCCAUUCUAGUCUAGUUUUCUGGAUCUUACAUUAUAUACAGUAUUAUAUUGAUAUGCUAAUAGGGUUUCAUUAAAAGCAAUAAAACAUGUCUCAGUGGAGAAGAAAAAAACAUUCAUUUACUCAUGGAUAUAUAAAAAAAAAAAGAGAAAUUAAAAACAAUCAAAGCGUAUAUCAUAAAGCAUACUAUUUAUUUUGUUGUCAUGUAAAUAUUAAAAAGUGUUUAGAGAAGUGAUUAUUAAUUUUGAGCUUUACUAAAUGUAACUACAAGGUAAAAACUCACAGUGGUUAACAAAGAGAGAUUGUGUUGUGUUUCAAGCUUUAUGGAAGAAUAGGGAUAUUCGGGUAUAGGUAUAAAUACAGUACACGUAUUAUUUAUUUAUUAAUUUCUUUUUGAACCACUAGAAACUUUUGGUGAUUAAACAUGUGCAGAUGUACAUAAAAUUAAAAAAAAAAACACACAUUUGCACUCUUCACAAACAUUUUCAAGAAUGGACAACAGUAGAUACUUAGAAAGAAUGUAAACUAACGUCUUGAUGUUGGAAUGCAUUUUUAUAUUUAGCAUUAAAUAAUUAUUUAUUCUGUAUUUUGGUUAGUGGUUUUGUGACAAAUAUUAUGGUUGGCGCACAAUGCAUAUAAAGAAUACUGGCACUAGAGUUAUGUUUUAUGUGCUACUUUUUGCUAGCAUCACAUUUGGGUAAAAGAAUUGCUCAGCCAAAAAAUUAAAACUCGGUCAUAAUUUUCUGACCCUCCCAAAUGACUUUAUUUCUACAUGGAACAAAAAUAUAUUUUGAAGAUUGUGCUGUUUACUCUUGCCCUUGUAAUUACAAAGGAAUGGGAAAUGAAGCUUUCAAGCUUCAAAAAGGAUACAAAAGUAUCUAAAGUAUCCUAAAAGUGCUCGAUUUGACUUGUGAUGAGGCAUAUGAUAGCGUUUAAAAGAGUGCAAGCUGUUGAACCAAAUUAUUUUUAUUCAACGGCAAUUUAAGCCAACCAGUUGAACCAAAUCCCUGUAAAUGUUCCCCUCCAUUGGGCUGUUAACCAGUGCAAUUCAUUAAAAAAAAUCACUCUGAUGUGCGUUUCCUGUACAAUGAUGUAACUCACUGCUUACCCAUCAUAGAAUGUUGCAUCGUUGGAGAGAUUAUCUAGCUAGUCACGACUGUUUUCCAAAACCAUAGUGACUAUGUCACAUAUCCAUUGUUCAAACCACGAUGGUUCAACAUUAUAUAGUUGUCAAUAUGAUGUUAAACAGAGAGUGGAGUAAUAAGUUGCAUGGAUAUUAAUUUAUAAAAGCUCAUUUCACGUACACCAGAAAGACAUUUAAUGUGAGAAAGCUGCAGAAAACACCAAAGUGGUGAUGCAUCAGACACAUUGCUCUCUAAAUAGUUGGGUUUCCCUCUAUAUCAAACUAUGGGGUUCCCCCGACGCACUUGAGCACAUACUGUACGCACAUACACACUCUUUAAAACAUAUAAACGGCACUUAUGCUUUAACAUAAACACAUAAAAGCCAUGUUCUCCAACAGAAACUGCGUUUGAUAAAACGCUUUCUCUUAACAGCCUUUAAUCCUUGCACUCACGUUUAAGUGAUGUUUCAGAAUGUCACUUUCUGCAAAACCCCGGAAUAAGUUGUUUUCUUAAAUGCGUGUAAUCGUGGUCAAAGUGAUGACAGAAUGAAAGAGAUAUAUGUAAUGAAAGAUAUAGAAGCCUCAGCAAAGUCAAAUGAUGGCCACACUAGAGGUCUGCAUGGGCCUUAAAAUGAAACCUGAACACGACCCGUACCCAAGACCAUGUACCCGAACCUACCCAGCCUGAAUGAUACCUUCAGAUUUUAAACCAGACCCGAACAUGAAAUUGCUUACUAUCUAAUUUCUUCUCCUACCAAGUACUGUUGCAAUAGGCUGCAUUUGAUGUAAGCAUAUAGGCAACAUUCGCAGCAGUACUGAAACAGUAAAAAUACAGUUUUUACAAGGCACAGCAACCCCUUAGUACACCAGAGCAGAAGGAUAAAAAAGACAUUUAUUACCAUUUAUGUGCUGAAACUUGGUGCAGAACAAUCUGGAAUAAUAUGAAACACUGCAACAGUCCACUCUAUGCAGUCUUAACUUGUUUAGAAUGUUGAAUCUUUUUGACAACUGCGCUGAAACCAAUCUAGAUGCAGCGCAAAGAAUGAAACAGAGCGCAGGUGUCUCAACAUACAUUUUUGACAAUUUGAAGUUCUUUUUACUUGACAAGGUGUUUAAAAUAUGCCGGACCUGCAUGAGACGCUGAAGAAAAAGCGAGACACUGUGCAAAUGUCAAAGAUAUUCAUUCAGCAUGUAUUUAAACAAUCAGAAAACAGAACAGACACGUGCUGUAUGAAUGGCCCCUCGUCCAGUCGCACUUGUCUGUGAGUGAGAGUAUGUGCGCAAAUCAAUUCGGUAAGCCUGUUUAUUUUUUCAUUCAUUACAAACCCCAACCUAAAGUCCUACUUGAAAAACUGACCCGCCGGGCCAGAGUCGGGUUGUAGACCUCUAGUCAACACAGUAAACUAACAAGGAGCUAUGUUUCUAAACACAGGUAAAGAGCUGUAGCUCCAACCACACAACUUUGCUAUGCUGUUUGCAAAUAAUCGUUGGAUGAACUAUUUUGAUAAAGAUGAAAUUUGAUACCAUAGAUUAAUUCACGAAUGAGCUACUCCAUGCUAUCACUAUCUCAAGAUCGCCCCAAGAGGAGUUAGGACGGAUGUCAAAAUGUUAGUAAAAAACGUCUUAAAUUUUCAUCUGUUUCAAACACAAAGCAAUCAAGUGGUUCAUAAGACUUGAAUAUUGAGCAUAAAUCACAUUAACCAUUUUUAAAUACCUUAAAGUGAUUUAACAUCCUUUUUUAAGCUUAAAAGCUUCAGUUCCCGUUCAAUGUAAUUACAUGGGAAGGAGUGACCAGCAUAGUCUUCAAAAUUGUUCUUUUUGUGUUCCACUUUUGAAAGUGAUACAGGUUUGGGAUGACAUGAAAGCGAGUAAAUGAUUUUCAUUUUAGGGUGAACAUUCCUUUAAGCAAGUCAUGACCACUCAAGAGUUGUGCCUUGUCUAUAUUGUCUAUUGUCUACCAUUUGAAAGGGCUCAGUAGAAGGCACGCUCAUCUCAGAUAUUUGUUGGUUGGAUUUAGCUGGGCAACCUUUUCAAAAAAAUCACUCAGAAAGUACCAGCCACACUGCCUUUGUCUAACAUGCCAUUAGAAAGUAAGCCUAUCCCAUUCCAGACAUGUUUGUAAAUGCUUGUUAAUGACAACAAAUGGAAUACGCGUAAAUAUGUCCUGUACUGCUAUAACAAUGCCAAAUUCCUUUAUGUCUGAGGCGUGAUGUCAUUUGCUAUUCAAACACCUAUUGAAAAGAAACCAAACUUGUAAAGAAUAUCCUCUCUAAAUUUUGGACUCUGAGAGACAGAGUUUCCUCAUAUUUAUACAUUACAUUUAUGUUGCAAUAUAGAAUAGAAAGGGCUUUUAUGUGAUCGAAAAAACAAGGCUCACUUAUUGUCAAUCUGUGUUGCUUUUCUUGGUAUCUUUCUGUAUGCAUAAAUGUACAAAGCUCUUGUCCUUACAAGUGGCAUUGUGUGAUCAUCAUUUUUCUUUUCUUUUUUUUUCAAAGUGAUGAAUACAUAUCCACAAAUUUUAGAAAUGGGUGUCUUUGGGGUCUGCCAUUGGACAAGGACAUUUCUGGUGGAACAUCUGUACAACGCAGCUAAAUUUAACCCUUUUUAUUUGAUUCUUUUAAAUACGUUUUUGAUCGCAUCUAGGAAUUUGCUGAGUUUGGGCUGACGUGACAAAGACCGGAAAGGUGUACUCUGGGAUAUUUGUGAAUAACAGUAUGCAAAUGCAAAGUGAUGAGACUGCCAAACUUUUGUCAAUGUGGUACAAUUAUGAGUUCAUUGAGAUCUCAUAUCUUGUAUUGAUGUUAAAAAUUCGAACAAAAUUAGAAGUAUAUAAUGUUUAUAUAUAUAUAUAUGCACAUACAUACAUGUAGAUACUGCAUAUAUACAUGUUCCAUAAUACUUGUUCUAAAGAUGUUACACUUUAUUUGUACCAACCUCUUGUAAUGCAUUUUGCACAUUUUAGGCAUAUUUGACAUUUAUGUAGUCAGCUUUAUGCUAUGCAACAACAGCUUUGAACCAUAUAAAUUAGCUUUUCACCCCACAUCACUGUCUUUAAUAUUUUCAACAUAUUGUAAAAAGCUCAAGUCGUUUAUGAAUUAUGCACCCUACUUAGUUAUUUUUUUCUCCAUCCUUUUCUGAAUGGCGAAACAUCCACAGCUAAGGACUGAUGGUUCAGAUAUGAGAUAUUACAUUUUAGUGACAUGGCAAUAAGGAAAUAACGUAGAGAAAAACACAUUAAGUUGUCCUAUUAAAUCAUUUUAUUUCUACAACAUCUAAUUGGAAUAUUCAGAUUGUUUAUGCAUUUAAUAUGUGUUAACAAAUUAUUAAAUAAUUUAGGAUUUUUAUUUUAUUUAUUUAUUUGUAUUAUUAUGGUCAAUUAUAGCACUUCAUAUGCAUUCCAGAUUGUAAUUUGACUCACAUUGCAUUGGAAAAAUUAAAUACAAUUAUUUUCAAAGCUAAAAUUAUGCUUGGCAAGAUUUAAAGUACCAACAAACUUUGAAGAAGGAACAUUUGCUAACAUGGACACAGACACAAACAUACUUGCGCUCAAGACCAGGGUUUGGGUAUGAUUUCUUCUGUACUGUAUACACUGGGUAAAGGUCCUUGUAAAUGUUUGCUUUCUUAAUGUUAAUGCCCUGUAGGAUUUUAUUAUUUUCAUUGGUCAUAAAAUUUAAUAAAAUUAAAUUGAAUCAUAUAAAAUUGUAUCCAUGUUUUGUCAUUUGUUAAUGUUGUUG